AGCCAGCUUCACUCGGAUUGGGGCUGGGGUAGGUUACCGAUGGAGACACACCUGGAGAACUCUGGACACUUCUUACUCAGAAUUGGAGCAAAAAGGAGUGCUCCGUAUACGUAGGCUCUACCAUCUACCAGUCUAUCUGUCCUCUUCUGGGCCCCUUUCACCUGACGAGUUCAUGUCGGCGCUGAUGAUGCCGAUGCUGAUGACGCUUAAUUGAUAUGGCACAGCAUAACAUAACCAAUGCACAUCAGCGGAGUCUCCGUCAAUGUAUACAUGCACAUCCAGUCGAGCAUAUCGAGCCAGGACGGAGAGUAAAAGGGAAGAGAAAAAAAGAAAGACGACGAAAAGAGCAGAGAUGAAAAAGAAAGGAAAGGAGAUACUAUGCAGAUGGGAAUGCAGAUGCAUACUUCACCGCCUCAUCUGGUCUUCUUCUUCAUGCAGAGAAUGACCUUGAUAGGGAGAAGCAGAGAGGUGGUGGUUGGGAGUUCGACUUCAGGCCGUCCAUCUACUUUCCAUCUCUCCCUUUCUUUUGCUUCUUCGUCUCUUCUUCGAUUGUACAAGGGAAAGACAGGUUUAUCUGUCUGCUCUUCUCAAUCAUCAUCUGGCUACUACUCUUUGCCGUGCGACUUCAACCUCCUCUGCCGCUUCCACGGUUUACUGUUACUCGCCGGUCAUGGUCACUCUCUCACAGUCCAUCGUAAGACGGACGCCACGUCAACUCUCAUCUCAUUUCCUUACCAUCUAUUAAUGAAUGUUAAAUAGAAGCAGCACACACUAUGGAGUACUUCAUCCAUGCACUCGUCGUGCCGCCGGAACUGGGCCUGCUCUUCUCCGACUCGUCCAGAAAAGGUACCCGAGUUAUAUACUUCUUCCUGACUUCCAUCAACCUCUCGAACAGACCCUGCCAACAAUUUCAAUCCCGUCUCUUCCACUGCAGCCCGAUUGGAGAGAGGAUUGAGGGAAAAACUCUUGUUCGUCCCUUUUAUGUCCCGUCAUAGCCUUGCGUUAUGGUCCGUUUCAUCUCGGCGCAUAUUAAUAAAGUCAGGCAUAACCAUAUUAUCCAUUAGUUAUAUCGCUCAGUCCCAAGUGCUUACUCUGGCAUGCUUAACCUCUCUAGUCCUGCAGCAGCAGCAGACUCGACUCGGAUUCGAGUAACAAACUAACCGGCCCAUCCAGUUUGUUCUGUUUAUCUCUCAUCGUCGUUUCCAGUGACCUCUCUCGGUGCUGGUGCAGAGUACAUACUCCGCACACUGACAUGUAUAUGCCGCCGGCUUAGUACCAAGUGACCGCAGCAAGUGACUUCCAAGCAGUUAAACUAUGCACUGCAUGCAGUGGCUCGCUGGUUAUUCGACUGGCUAGUGAGCAGUGGCUGGCGAUGUGUCCGCUUGCUAUUCAUCAUGUACGACGGAAGUGACCCUUUGCGCCGCUCUGUCUUUGUUUAGAAUUCUUCUUGUCAAGGCCAUUCAUUCAUUGAUUGAUGCUGUCCGACGUGGCCCAUACGAGAUACAAUCUGCUGCUUGUGAACAUCUAGCAUCUUCGCUCCUCUGCUUUAUUGUAACGACGUCACUACAAAGACCAGCAGAGCAAGGUUCAAGUCAAGAAACGGCUUCUUCAGGAUCACCCAGGCGCCUCGCGAUGAUACGGCCUGUGUUUUGCUUUUUUACCCCGGAUUUCUCUGCGCACCCCCUGAAUCAGCCCAUCAGCGCAUCCGCCCAGCGUCCACCACCCGCCCUGCCCAUGACGAUGAUGGCGUCAGCGUGUUUCUAAUUGUCUCUGCCUCCCUUCCGGCGAUGGGCUGACGAUCCCUCUUGCACGGAGUCUCGAGAUGAAGAAUAAUUAACAACAUCGGCAUUGAACAUACACUUCGAAAUCAAUUCCAUCUUCGAUUCCAACAUCGGCCUGGGGAAAAAAAAAAAAGCAAAAAACGGAACACGAGACGAGAGACGCCCGCGUGAUACCUUGCUUUAUUCGAUGAUUUACCUGGUUUUUAUUUGUACGCUGCACACAAGCUGGACUAGUUGCUAUCGGGUCUCACUAGUCGAGUAUUAUUAUUGAUUUGAUUGCUCUCGGUCGUUGCUAUGUAUCAACCUUGAUCGCCAGAGAGACCCGACGGGCGAGCGGCC